GAGAGAGAGCGAGUGAGUAUCUGGCGGUGUGGUGCUGGCGGUCGGACUGUGGUUGUGUUUCAGGUCUGGUCGUGUUUGAUAACGACACACUUAGGACGCAUUUCAUCGCGGAGAGAUGGGAAUUCGGAAGAAAUGGCUCUAAAACAAAUUGCCCUAACGCUGGCGGCCCUGUUCGGGUUGGUGGCCGUCGGUAAUGCUCUGCGUUGUAACUGCACAAACUGUGAGACGACAGGCUAUGAGUGUGAGACAGAUGGCGCCUGCAUGGCUUCCACAUACUAUAUCAAGGGGAAGGAGCAACACGUACGCAUCUGUAUUAACCGGGACAACCUGGUUCCCCCUGGACAGCCCUUCUACUGUCUGAGUGCCGAAGGCGUGCUCAACACACAUUGCUGCUAUGUAGAUUACUGCAACAGUUUUGACCUAAAAAUCCCAGUCCCGACAAAGGGGGUUGGCUGGUCGGCCCCAGGAAGUCCCUGGGGGCCAGUGGAGCUGGUGGCGGUCAUCGCAGGGCCGGUGUUCCUGCUAUGUGUGCUGCUGAUGGUUGGCGUGUUCCUGUUCCAGUAUCACCAGAGGGCCUACAGCCACAGGCAGAGGCUGGAGGUAGAGGACCCCUCUUGUGACCAUCUCUACUUGGCCAAGGACAAGACCCUGCAGGACCUCAUCUAUGACAUGUCCACCUCCGGAUCAGGCUCUGGUUUACCCCUGUUUGUGCAGCGGACGGUGGCCAGGACCAUUGUGCUGCAGGAGAUAAUAGGAAAAGGUCGUUUUGGUGAAGUGUGGAGAGGGAAGUGGAGAGGAGGAGAUGUGGCAGUGAAGAUCUUCUCAUCCAGAGAGGAGCGCUCCUGGUUCAGAGAGGCCGAGAUCUACCAGACAAUCAUGCUGCGACAUGAAAACAUCUUAGGAUUCAUUGCUGCAGACAAUAAAGACAAUGGCACAUGGACUCAGCUCUGGCUGGUGUCAGACUAUCAUGAGCAUGGCUCUCUUUUUGACUACCUGAACCACUACUCUGUCACCAUUGAGGGCAUGAUCAAACUUGCGCUGUCAGCUGCCAGCGGCCUGGCACACCUACACAUGGAGAUCCUCGGUACUCAGGGUAAGCCUGGCAUUGCUCACCGUGACCUCAAGUCUAAAAAUAUCCUGGUUAAGAAGAACAGCAUGUGUGCCAUAGCUGACCUCGGCCUGGCAGUCCGCCACGAGUCCAUCACAGACACAAUCGAUAUAGCACCAAACCAGCGUGUGGGCACGAAGAGGUAUAUGGCUCCAGAAGUUCUGGACGAGACCAUCAACAUGAAACACUUUGAUUCCUUCAAGUGUGCUGACAUUUACGCGUUGGGCCUGGUUUACUGGGAAAUUGCACGUCGGUGCAAUGCAGGAGGUAUCCACGAGGAGUACCAGCUGCCCUACUAUGACCUCGUGCCGUCUGACCCCUCCAUAGAGGAGAUGAGGAAGGUGGUGUGUGACCAGAAACUGAGGCCCAAUGUUCCCAACUGGUGGCAGAGCUAUGAGUCACUGCGUGUGAUGGGGAAGAUCAUGAGGGAGUGCUGGUACGCCAACGGAGCGGCUAGACUGACCGCCCUGCGCAUCAAGAAAACUCUGUCUCAGCUCAGCGUGGAGGAGGAUGUCAAAAUGUGAGCACCAGGUGGCGGAAAAAAAGACGCAUUGGAGACGCACAACCAGACCACACUCCCAUAGGAAACAAACACUAAAGACAGACUGCAAAUGAAAACCCUGCCAGUUUUAAAGCCACACUCCAAGUUGUGACAAGGCCUACCUCACCUUUUUAGCCAAAACUACUGAGAAUCACCCCUACCCCUCCUGACCCCCCCCUCAAUCUCCCUUUGAUCCUUGUGUCUCCUCCCUGUUCCCUUUGACCCCCCUACUCCAUGGGCCACAACACUACAGCACUACCACUGUUAAUAUCAUCACACUCGCCCUUUUUUGUCUUCAUUUCCCAUGGCAGGAAUUAUUACUAUUGUACAGUGAUGGGAUUUUUUUUUUUUUUGGAUCUUUUUUACCUCUCUCAAAUUUUCCCAUGAAGGACUAACCUUGUCCAGAAGAGUCAAGCAUGUUGUGGGUUUUAAGUUUAAAAAAUAAUAACGCUAAACUUCAUAAUCUGUUGGCCACACAACAUCACAUUCUGUCGCUGUCAGAGUGUGAGGGGGAAAGAGGCUGAAGCACUGUUUGUAGUUGUGUGUGUAAAAGGUGUCUGGACUACUAGCAUGUUUCUAAGACUGUCAGAUGUCCUCUGGUAUAGGCUGUAGUUCAUUAGACAAAAGCAGUUAUUGGACAUUUGGUUUAUUAAGCAUGAACAGCCAGAAUGUGCUUUUUAAUCCCUCACUUGAAUAUCCUAAAAACAGAAAUUAGUUGCACUCAACUGUAGCUUCCUCAUCAUGUGUGAGACCUGCAGGUAUCACAUAACGGAUGUGGUCCAGUCCUGGUGUUAGUUUGAAAUGUGGCAGGGAUAAUGUUUGGGAUGGUUGUGUUUUUAUUUAUUUGUUGAUAUUUUUUUAUUUCAUAUUGAUGAACACUGUGAGAUGAGAUGUGAAAAGCCAGAGUCUUGAUAUGAAAAUUAAUGUAGUUCAGUCCAAGUCUUCACCAUCUUUCAGAUGUAAGAUCAAGGGGUUAUUGCGUUCAUCUAAUAAGACACUCAGUUCAAAUAUGGAUGUAGCCAUAACCCCAUCGGUGACAGGCAAUGACAUCGUGCACACUGAGCAAAUAAGAGGCGUAUGAAAUGGCAAUGGAAAAAUACUGUUUUGUUUUGGUUUUUUUUGUUUUUUUUAAAUGUAUUUCGUGUUUUAUGUAAAGACAUAAUGAUGGGUGUUUUCUUUUGACUUUCAUUACACACUACUGAUGGGUACAUAUGAUUUGUAUAUAAAACAUGCAUUUUUUUUUUUUUUCCCCCCUCCCCUUUUAUGCCACAAGCACCGGUGUGACAUUUUGCUUGAAUGGUACUUUCAGAAGUCUGUUGUUUGAUCUGUCUGCAUGGUUUCUAACUGUGCCCGGAAAUAGACUGUGUCAUUUGCUGGAAUCUUUUUUUUCACUUUCUCCUCUCAUGGCAAUUUGGUGGUACUACUGAUCCCAGAUAAUUUUGCUGCAACUUCUGUUUUUUUUUCUUUUCUUUUUUUUUCUUAAAUUUAAUGUAUAAUUGAUGGAAUUGCUUGAGUUCUUUUCAGAGCUCAGUAAUGCAGAACUGUUUCUACAUGCGUCCUCCGGGGUAACAUCUCUUACUCAUUGACACUGGAAUAUUUAGGAUAAAAUAUAAAUAUAUCAUAUAAACCUUGAAUUCUGAUUCUCCCAAUCCUAAAGACAACCGCUAACAGUUCACACACAAGGAACAUACAGUUAGAUAUGAGUAGUAGUUCAGAGGUUAUACGUCAAAGACUGACAUGCUGUAAAGUGCACGUUUUCAUUCUACUUUGUCGCCUGCAGCUGCAGGUGUCUGCAGACAAGACUAUGAAAGUAUUACACUGACAUUUGUCACCGUUCGGCUCUGCACUGUUAAUGUCCACAUGGACUUUAGUUAAUGUUAGCCAUGUCAUCAUUUGAUCCAGAAUCCCUGUGUCAUAUUGGUAUCCAUUUUGCAUGUUGUCUCGAACACUGGGUCCUCUGCACUGAUGUAGCGGAACUUAAGAUCUGUCUUUCCUUCUUCCUUGUCUUUCUUUCUUUUUUUUUUUUUUUUUUUUAAAUGUUGUUGGCUGUGUACCCCAAAAUUGUUGCUGCUACUGUUAACAUGGGUAAAAGUUCAGCAGGCAAAGCGUAGUGGAGGAGAGCUGGGAGGGGAAAUGGGAGACUGCUGUCGGUUGAACCAAAAUUGUCAAAACUCCUGUCCAUGUUUGGUUUGUUGCCAUGGGUAUAUGACUAUCAGACAUCUUGUUCAUAAGUAAUACUUAUUUCAAAAAUCAUGUUGUGCAAAUCUUUUCAGAAGUAGUUCAAAAGUGUAUAUAGAUGAUAUACAAUAAAUUCCUCUUUUUCUUA